UAACAAAAAGAAUAAAAAAGGAUUCGCUCUCAAAGUUAUGAAUGAAGGGUCAAAAGGAUAGAGUGAGUUUCCGUCAUCCUAACGACUAAUCGCAUGUGAGUGCGUAAGCUGCAGUCAGUCGAAGUAUCAUCACUCGAUGUCCGUGAGGAGAAGUUUAAUUAUUAUUAGGUGCUAGGUAUUAUUCACGGUUGUGUCAUGCUGGAAAUGAAACGUUUGACCCUGGAGGACGUUUUACCGUAUUAAACCGGACGGCAGGAGAUGGCUAUCGGAUUGAAAAUUCACCGUGACCUGAGGACCUCUAAGCAGCGCUGGGCAAAAAUUUUUCGAUGCUAGAGUGCUAGUUUUUGCUGUGAAAAAUUUUUCGCAAGAGCGAUAGAGAGAUCGUGAGAGCUGGAGAAAACUGUGAUAGAUUCGGACAAAAGUGAACGGAAAGUCCGGAAAGUAGUCCGCGAGGAAGGGUGUCUGUGCAAUGCAUGUUAAAUAAAUAAUUGACAGUCUUGACGCUCCAGGGAAGAAAAGUAGAUCUUACCAGGCAACCGGAGAUUGAUGUUCCCCAGAAGCAAGCCGGGUUCUUCGCUGCAGUGUCCAUUCAGUAUGAUUGAGGAAAUUAUUAACAGGAUAAUGCAGUUUUUCGCCACUGGUCUAGUGGAGAAGAUCAUCAAAGCUCUGCUGGUCCUGUGCGAACGCUUCGUGAAUUUCAUCCUGUCGGUAUGUGAGGGCAAUAAUUAUAAGAAAAAAGACGAAACGGUAGAUGUUUUGUACAGCAGUGGGAAUUUUCUUGUGAUAAACAAAAAGCAUGAUUUGCUUAUAAACUCGAACGAUACCAAAAAGAAAACUGUUCAAACGAUUAUGCGAAAACAAUUCCCAGAGUAUGUACAGGACAAUUUGACGCAUGAUUUCUAUUUCGCUCAUCGGCUGGAUUUUGCCACUAGUGGGAUUCUGUGUAUUCCGCUAAACAAAAACGCUUGCAAGGAAGUUUGUCAGGUGUUCGAGGAGCAGCGCGCAAGAAAAUAUUAUCUUGCACUGCUGCGUGGCCACACAGACUUUGACGAGGAAGUGAUUGAUAUCGCUAUUGGCGAGGAUAUCCGGUUUAAGGACACUAGCAAGAAAAUGUGCACCAUCCUGGAGGAUGAGCUGUGCCAAAACCCUCGUCGCAGCAUCACCAAAGUGCUGGUGCUAGACCGGGGCUACUACAACGGGAAACCGGUAACCAAAGUGCUCUUGCGACCAAUCACAGGCCGGCGGCAUCAGUUGCGGCUUCACUGCUCCCAGAUUGGGCACGUGAUUGUGGGCGACUACACAUACAGUCUAAAAAUCGACACUUCACCACCACGGAUGUUCCUUCAUGCGUUCCGGCUUGUACUUCCCAAUUCGUUCGAGAACAUCGACAUCCAAACGGAUGAUCCGUUCACCGAGAAGGCACUUAAGUACAAGUGGAAAGUGGUCGAACAGGUGAACUGCAUUGGCAACGCAUUCGAUCUGAUAGAUUCUUUUUAACAUUUGUGGGAACCAUGUAGUUACCUGCGUAGGACUCACAUAUUUACGUUUCGAUUGGAGCAGUUUCGUCGGCGGUUAAAUGUAAAUAUUCGAUCGUUUUCGCGAAUUUAUUCGCUUUAAUUUCGCGCGUUCUCCUCCUUCCUCUCGCUUUCGCUGCGCGAGCAUGGCUGAAGGACCCAUCUGCUUUCUGCGCUCGCAAUUCUCACGCGUUCACGUGCGUAACCACGGCGCACAUUCAGCCGAAAGCAAGCAUCUAGUCAGUACGUUAGCGAUCAUUAUCACUCAUAGAAAUACCAGUACCGGAUGUCGCGCACACAAUUUUUGUGAGACCUAUUCAUGGACUUAUGACGUAUACUGCGGUUUCGUUUAGUACAACAAACUAGACGGUAAUGGCCUGUGAAUGUAUCAAAGGUAGUGUUAUGUAUUUGCACGUGAUUAAGAUGUAUUCGCUCAGCAUCUCUGGAAAUUUCAAAUGUAUUAUGGCUAGUAUUCUGUUUCUCAAAUAUUAAGUUGACGAUCCCGAUAUAAAAGUAUGUAUUUAGAGUACACUUUCGUUGCAAUAUCUAGUUCACAGAUUUGAAUUCCGGUUCGAAUAAGGAAGCUCUGCCGGACCAAGUCCUAGAGUAUUCCUAGAAGAUUACGUGCAAAAUUACCACCUUCACGGCAUCUGGCAUAAAAAUCCGUUUUCACAUGCAGUUACGAGUAUAGUCACUGUAUACUUUACUAGUCCGGCGGACUAGAUUUCGGGAACCAGUGUGAGCUGUCAAAACGGGAACCAGUCGAUAGUGCGUCGAUUUUCGCAUUUGAAGUAUUGUAAUCGUGCCGUAAAAAGAUACAGAAUAAAUUAGACUCAAUAAUUGGACUUUUUGUGACAAUUGCUAUUUUUUUGAAAAUAGUUAUUGUAAUGAAUUAAUGAUAUCACAAUAAUGUUAAAUUUAUACAUGUGAGAAAAUCACAAGGAAUAUUUUCUUUCGUCGCAUCAAUAACGUGCUCUUAUUGUUUAUUGAUAACAUUAUACUGCCAUAGAUUUGCUGUCCUGUCGCUUUUCACGCUGUACAAUUGUACGGGAAAUGCUCAAUAGAAACAAAAUGAUUUUUUUUUAUAAGUUUCUCUUUCAACGAAUAAAUGAAUUAUCAGGUAACUCGCAAAAUUUAAGCCAUUUUCCUCUAAUCUCCGCAUUCUUUGGAAACCGGAGUAAGCUUGUUUGUUUGUUUGUUUGUCCUUCGCCAAUUGCUGUUACAUUUGUUAUAAACGCACUUCAUUUUCACAUCAAAUGUUUACUUUCAAAGAAGUCAUAUGCAACAUGAAUUAUAUCCAGUGGUGUCAGGAUUUUAAUGUGAAAAAGUGGGUUGCCAGUUGCAUGGUUCCCCACUCCGCCAGACUAGUAAAAUACAGUGACUAUAGUUACGAGGUGCUGCUUACCGUACUAAAUUCGGAAAUGCCUGCAUAUCCACCCUUGCACCCUACAAUUUAAGCAAACUUUAAGCAGAAGCUCAGGCCGAUUUGACUGCCGUCUAGUUUUCUGUACGCGAACGCAGUUGAAAGAAACUUUCAUCCAGUUUCAAAUUUUUGCCGCUGUAGAAUUUUCUCGUUCAAAUGUCCGUAGCUAGGGUUGACAAGCCAAGAAUGUAGUGCAAGUAUUUAUUAAAUAAUUGUGAUAUCAAUUAGCAUUUGAAUUUGUUUGUCUAUAAAGGUAAACUUUAGAACUUUCUGGAAACUGCUGGAAAGAACUUAGUUUUUAGCAUAAUGUAUGUACUACAUUUAUCAUUCUGUUAAACAUUAGCGCAGUUGGCUUUAUAUUCCAAGGUCAUUAGAAAGGUCUCUACAUUAACUUUCUAGGACACAUUCACACUAAUAAAUAACUAAAACUACUAGUUACACAUUGAUCCGAUUAUUAGUUGAAGUUUAGAAAUAUUUACUAUGCGAAAAAUAUAGAUAACGCGCGAUUCCUUACGAAAAAUACCUAUUAAAAACGUACAGAGAUUAUAUAGCCACUAAAAUAGAUAGAUAUCACCAUACCAAAUUAUUACUGAGCGCGUAGAAGAUUUAGGGCAGAUUAGAGUCGAUCGUUUGUUCUACAUUAACGCCCUUAAAGAGGAUAACUGUGCCCGGGUUACUGAAAAUCCUUCAAAAUUUUAGUUCCUUUGGAUAGCGAUAACAAACUUGUUUUUGAUACUUAGAAUUGUACUAACUCAUAUUAGACUACUUUGCAAUGAGUAUUCUUUAUUUCAGAAAGUUAUGUUAUUGCAGUCUCCGUUUGAGGGGCGAGAAACAACCAAUUCCGAUUUAUAGUUGCGCAAGAUGCCGUUAUCAACGGUCGAAUGUUCUCUCUCAUGAAGCCGCGUGCAUUAAACGAAUAGAUUUUCCACUAGUUUAGAUUUAUCUCAAUCAACAAAUUAAAAAAGAAGAAGUAAAGCGGUAAUAACAAACAACUAAUAGAUAAGAAGCGCGCAAAAAAUAUCGCCCAGCACUACUUUUGAUAAGAAAAUAUUCGAAAUUAAAAAAUACUGGGAAACUGUUGCAAAUUCCCAAGAACAAAAAAAAACUUUCAACUGCUAUACUUUUCUAUUUGUAAAACAGUAACUUUAAAAGUGCGCGAUCAACUUAAACACGAGACUUCAGUUUAAUUCGCACAGUAGAAAGCAAACCUAACUUUUUUAUAGUUUUAGUUGUAGGUAUAAUGUUGAAUGGGUUAAAUAACGAAAACUUUCCCACAAUUGGCCGGACAGUUUUCCCCUCUCGUCCUUCUUGUUGCUCGUGCAUGUGCACUCAACGGAACGAAGGAACAGGAUGGACCAGUGAAACAAGGUGCAUAACUACCUUGCUCUCACCACAACGGCCAAUGUCUGUAUUCUUUGCCACACUGCCAUAUGACUGUAUUAUAGUGGAAGAAGGCUUUUCAGAAAGUUUGGGUCACCUAGUAGGAUUUGUUUACGGGUAGCAGUUCAAAUGAUCCCACACGUUUUUGGUUGAUAUUGAGUAAAGAUAAACGAUAUGAUCGUUCUUUAUUCUUCUCGGUUAGAACGCUUAUAUGAAUCAAGUUUGUUGAACGGAACCAAUAUUUCUGCCUAAAGGACAACACAAAACAAUAGAGUAGCUAUCAUACAACAAACAAUCGUACGAUAUAUAUACGAAAAAAAAAAUUUCUUUGCUUCACUAUCAACAAAUGACAGGAAAUAAAGUGAAGCUUUUUUAAAGUCAUUGAAACUCUA